UUUUUAAGUAUGCUGAAAUCUAACUUUUAUGUCGAAAUAUCUACCAAAACUGCACACAAGGCUUCAAAAGAAGUAGCUUCUUAAAGCCAAACAUUGAGCGCUCUACUAAAAUUAAUCACUCCAAUCCAAAUCUAACAAAUAGCCAAGACCAAUUAUCAAACACAAAUUAUAACCAGGAGCACAGUAUCUACAGAUCAACUCAUUUUCUGCCAAGGACUUCCAAAUCUCUUCUAUUCCGUCCUAUUCUUCGCCCAGAACAGCCAAUUGCGAACCAACAUAAACUACGAAAGUCCUUUGAUCAAUGAAAGUCUUUUCAGGAAACAUGGCGGAUCAGGCCAAUUCCCAUGAAAAAUACUAGGAAUAAAAGCUCAUUUGGUCCUAAGAAUAACAUUUCAGAUAUGUGCAGAGAAGCUGAGAAAAGUUUACAAAGACCUCCAGCAAUACUUCAGAACACACAGAAACACGAUGGAAAUAAAAUAAAAAUCAUUAAAAAGAAAGUAAAAUUUAGCUUUGCCAAUUCGAAAAUGAAAAAUUCAAAAAGACAAAAAUUAUUUCCAGAUUCAUCCUUCUACAACACAAAGAGAAGGGGUAAAAAAUGGAAGUUUAAUGCUCAUAAAGUACUGGAUUCUGAUAUUCCGGUGAGCAGUGAAAACUUUCUGUGCAAACUACUAAAUAGGAAAGUUAAUUUUUAA